CGACGCGAUAUCCGUACAUGAACGAAGCGCAUGGAUAGACCUCAUGAACGGGUAACAGAGAGCGCAUAGGCGCUCGCAUCUUCUGCGUCGCCUACCUCACGGAGAAAUUUCCUGCGGCACCUGCCGACGGCUCAGCACGCACCGUUCUCUGUCCAUAACACGGGAAGCCGCGUGCGACUGAAACGCCCAGCCUCAUGUGGAUGGUAUCCACGAAACAAACGUAGCAAUUCUCUCCUCGAGCACGAAUCUUGCAUUACGAAAUGAGGAUUCAGAACAAUCCUGCUGCGGUUUGUAAUGUCCGAUUAGACCCACCACUCAUAGGGCGCAACAGGGUCACGAUCGUACAUGAAAUAAUACGAAUUACGGAUGUACAAACAAUAUAGUAUAAUAGGGUUCAGCUACAGUCUCUUGGUAGAAGAGAAUACCAACCACUUACAUUCGUUUUAUUUCUGCUUUCCACGUUAACUUCAUUGUCAUUCGUUUAGAAAAUCACCAUGGUGAACUUCAAUUCCAUCGUCGCUUUUUCGACAUUUGGUCUGGGUGCGCUGGCACACCCAACCAUCAAGCACAUUGACAGGCGCUUCUGCUCUCUCGAGGAACGCAGCGUCUUUGCCCGUGCCGAAGACCUUACUUCCCGCGCUACUAUCCCCAAAGCGACAACAUGGAAUCCGCCCUCUAGCAUGACCACUGGUUUGGAUCAGGUCUGGAAGCAGACUAUGAAGGAGAACCCGCAAGGCCUCCAGGACAAGAACUGGAUCACCGACCAAUGGAUCGCCAACAACGGCAGUAUCAACUACUGCGUUCGCUGGAACCACUCCGGCAAAAGCACCGCGACUGCGCGUGCCUCUACUGUCAAAGCCCUGCAGCGCUCGAUGCAGAAGUGGUUCGAUAUACUCGUUGGAUUCGAAGGCUUCCCGCUCACCGAACUCAAUGUCGACGUUGUUGGCUACGCUGUCAAGAACAAGAACCUCAUCGAAGGCGACACCACCGGUCUUGACAUCUACACUACAGCUGAUGCCGACGGUGUACCUGAGUGCGACGUCCGCUGCUACCGCGGCGCUCAUCUCGAUGGCGAUUUGAGCCAGUGCCCCGGCGGUGAGGCCAGCCGUUACGACAUCAGCCUCUGGCUCGACGAGAGUCUUGAAGGUCAGAUGGGUGGUUAUGGAUACAACUGGGGCCAGGAGAUCGGUCCGGACUACUUCCUCAACAACAUCGAUGAGGAGAACAUCCACAUUCUGCUUCACGAGAUGGGCCAUGGCCUCGGUCUUCUAGACUUCUACGACUGGGUACCCCAGGGCCAGACCAACUUCAUUAUGAUGGCCGGUAGCGCGAUGGAGAUUACCGAGUUCGAUGCUUGGAUGCUAAGGGACUGGUGGAGGAAGUUGAAGGCGGAGCGCAAGUGGUAAGCCAUUACGCUUACAGUCUCACCGGUACAUCGCGCAUACAGGCGAUAGGAGAUUUAUGGUUCGUAGUUAUCUGCAGCGUCCAGUAUCUCGAAGAGAAGGGGUUGGUUCUGUUCUUGUGAAUAUU